AUGGAGCAGGAGAAGUACCUGCCCGAGCUGAUGGCAGAGAAGGACAGCCUGGAUCCCUCCUUUGUUCACGCCAUGCGCCUGCUGGCCGACGAAAUCGAAAAAUUUCAGGGUUCUGAAGGCAAGAAGGAAGAUGAAGAAAAGAAAUAUCUUGAUGUUAUCAGCAACAAAAACAUAAAGCUGUCAGAAAGAGUUCUGAUACCUGUCAAACAAUAUCCAAAGUUCAAUUUUGUUGGGAAAUUGCUUGGACCAAGAGGAAACUCCUUGAAGCGGUUACAAGAAGAAACAGGUGCAAAAAUGUCUAUCUUGGGGAAAGGCUCCAUGAGGGAUAAAGCCAAGGAGGAAGAACUGAGAAAAAGUGGAGAAGCCAAAUAUGCACACUUGAGUGACGAGCUUCAUGUAUUAAUUGAAGUGUUUGCUCCACCUGGGGAAGCAUAUUCUCGUAUGAGUCAUGCCUUGGAAGAAAUAAAAAAAUUCCUCGUUCCAGAUUAUAAUGAUGAAAUUCGUCAGGAGCAGCUGAGAGAGCUAUCAUAUUUGAAUGGUUCUGAGGAUUCAGCACGUGGACGGGGUAUUCGAGGAAGAGGGAUCCGUGUGCCACCUGCAGCUCCUUCAAGGGGCCGUGGAGGUGCGAUUCCUCCACCCCCACCUGGACGAGGUGCCCAAGCACCCAGAGGAACACCAGUGACACGUGGAGCACUUCCCGUCCCACCAGUAGCGAGGGGUGUUCCUACCCCUCGAGCAAGGGGUGCCCCAGCAGUCCCAGGCUACAGACCACCCCCGCCACCUGCACAUGAGGCAUAUGAAGAAUAUCCUUCUGAACCUUGGGUUCUAUUUUUUGACCCAGUUAGUAGGCACAGUGGAUAUGAUGAUGGAUAUGGGGGUGAAUAUGAUGAUCCAAGCUAUGAGGCAUAUGAUAACAGUUAUGCCACCCAAACACAAAGUGUGCCUGAAUAUUAUGAUUACGGUCAUGGAACAAGUGAAGAGGCUUAUGACAGCUACGCACAAGAAGAAUGGGCCACCACCCGUUCCAGCCUAAAGGCACCACCUCCAAGGUCAGCCCGAGGGGGUUACAGGGAACACCCCUAUGGUAGAUAUUGAAGGUCCUCCUCAUCUGUGACCUCAUCUCAAAGACAAUUAAUAGCCUGUGGUCUCCACAUAAACAGCAACAAGACAAGUAAUAGUCCAUUUCUUUUCUAUCCUAGGGAUUACUGCU